AUGUCGGCGGCAGUCUUUGUAUCUCGGGCUGAAGAGCCUAGCAGCGCGGUUGAGCCGCCGCUUCCACAGGUCGCAGGCUACGUGGUCAUUAUCGUAAUGGGCUUCCUAAUUGCCAUUAUCAUGAUGUUCAUCACACGCAUACUCAAGCGCACGGCAGGCGAAGACAAUGAAACCACAGAAAUGUUCAUGACGGCGAACCGCACAGUGGGCACUGGGCUCACGGCGUCGGCCGUCAUUUCGUCUUGGCUCUGGAGUACGGCAAUCCUGGCCAGCAGUUUAGUCGGGUACAAUUUUGGUGUCGCUGGUCCUUUUUGGUUUGCCGCAGGUUGCUCGCCCAUGAUUGUCUUCUUCGCGGUCCUGGGUAUUGCAUGCAAACUGAGGAUCCCCGAAGCGCACACUCUGUUGGAGAUUGUGCGGAUUCGAUACGGAAAGGUUGGGCAUAUCGUGUGGAUUGUGCUCUGUCUGAUUAACAACAUUAUUGCCAUUGCCAACAUGCUGCUUGGCGCGAGCGCAGCCAUUACAGCUCUUACCGGGAUGCACAUUAUUGCUGCUACUUUUCUCUUGCCUGUCGGAGUAAUCAUGUACACUUUUGUGGGAGGUAUCAAGGCAACCUUUUUGACCGACUACUUUCACACUUUUGUCAUUACAGUCAUUGUCUGCUUCUUCACAAUCAAAGUCUGGCUUACUCCUGAGAUUGGUUCUCCGGGAGCACUUUUUGAUAUCAUUAUCCAGUUGGCUGUCGAUCGGCCCGUGCCCGGGAAUCAAGGGGGCUCAUACUUGACCAUGACCAGCCGCGAUGCCAUCUUCUUUGGCAUCAUACACACUCUAGCCAACUUUGGGCUCGUCAUCAUGGAUACCGGCUUCUUUGCCAAAGCUUUUAGCGCCGCACCGCACGCUGUCGUACCGGGCUACAUUAUCGGCGGCAUCGCCUACUUUGCGAUCCCCUGGUGUCUGGGCACCAUCAUGAGCUUCUGCGCGCUGGCCUUGGAGACGCAGCCCUUUUUUCCAACAUAUCCCCGCCUGAUGAACACGGCAGAAAUCUCGAGCGGGCUGGUCCUGCCAUAUGCCGCCGUCGCGACAGCAGGAAAAGGCGGUGCGGUAGCAGUUUUGCUAGUAGUCUUCAUGGCAGUGACGUCGACCAUAAGCGCGCAAGUCAUUUCCGUCUCGUCCAUCAUUAGCUUUGACAUUUAUCGACAAUACAUAAACCGCGACGCCAAAGAUCGCGACGCCAUCCGCUGGAGCCACAUUGGCGUGGUGGGCUUUGGGCUCUUUGCCGCGGCAUUCUCGACGGCUCUGCACUAUGGCAAGGUCGACUUGGGGUGGACGCUGUACAUGCUGGGUGUUUUGACCUGUCCUGGCAUCUUCCCGACCGUGUUUACGAUCCUGUGGAAGAGACAGUCAACGGCGGCGGCGGUGGCGUCGCCACUACUGGGCAUGGCUACCGGGAUUGGCGUCUGGCUUGGGACAGCCUCGGCAUUGUACGGCGAGGUGACGGUGGCCUCGACGGGCCAGACGCUGCCCUGCGUCUACGGCACCGUUGCUUCCGCCUUUAGCCCGUGUCUCUUCUCCAUCGCCAUUACCCUCGCCAAGCCUGCCAACUUUAAGUGGGCAGACUUUCGCAAGGAGCGUCUCGCAUUUAGCAAGUCGACGGCGACGACUUCUGGAGACUCGGACGAAGAGUCAAAGUCGCAUGAGCAAAUUGUUUCGCAGUAUGCAGCAGAUAAGCUCCGACUAAAGCGCUGGCUGCGUAUUUCCUCGAUUUGGGCUUUGGCGACGUUUCUGGGCCAUUGGGUACUAUGGCCACUUCCGAUGUAUGCUUCGCACUAUAUCUUUGGAAAGUCCUUCUUCGAGGCCUGGGUGGUUGUGUCCAUUAUAUGGGUUUGGGUAACGAUGCUCAUUGCUGGAUUUUAUCCCCUGAUUGACGGCUGGGGGGCCAUCCGGAACGUUUUUGUAGGUCUGCGUGGCUCUCGGCAAGGCCAGUAA